AUGUUGCAGAGGGUCCAGUCCACUGCUGAGCCGAUUGUGGACCGGUUAUCAGCUCUGGUCGGACCGAUAACAUGGACCAAGAUCAUCGUGACGUUGAUUGCGCUGGUGCUUGUGUGGGACCAGGUGUCGUACCAGUUGAAGAAGGGCUCGAUUGCUGGGCCUGCGUGGAAGAUGUGGCCAAUCAUUGGGCCGUUUAUGGAGUCGCUGGACCCGAAGUUUGAGGAGUACCAGGCCAAGUGGGCCUCCGGUGCGCUGUCCUGUGUGUCUGUCUUCCACAAGUUUGUUGUGAUUGCUUCCGACAGGGACCUGGCUCGUAAGAUCUUCCAGAGCCCUAAGUAUGUGAAGCCGUGUGUUGUUGACGUUGCGGUGAAGAUCCUGAGACCUUCUAACUGGGUCUUUCUGGAUGGCCAGGCCCACGUCGACUAUAGAAGGGGGUUGAACGGUCUGUUCACCAAACAGGCGCUUUCCCAGUACAUUCCAGGACUGGAGGUCAUGAUGGACAAGUACAUUGACAGAUUCAGAGAGAUCUCUAAGGAGGAGCCUGUGAUUUUCUUCCACGAGUUCAGAGAGAUGAUGUGUGGACUGUCUCUGAAGGCAUUCUGUGGUGAUUACAUCACGGAAGCACAGAUUAAAAAGGUUGCUGACGACUACUACCUGGUCACUGCUGCUAUGGAGCUGGUCAACUUCCCAAUCAUCUUGCCGUUCACCAAGACUUGGUAUGGUAAGAGAACUGCUGAUAUGGCCAUGAAGAUCUUUGCUGACUGUGCCGGUGAGGCGAAGAAGCACAUCUCCUCAGGUGGUGAGCCUACUUGUGUUAUGGAUAAUUGGAUCAAGUUGAUGUACGAUGCCCAGGCUGCGAAGGAGAAGAACCCAGAUUCUAAAUUGAGAGUGCGUAUGUUUUCGAACAAGGAAAUCUCUGAGGCGAUCUUCACUUUCCUCUUUGCCUCCCAAGAUGCAUCGUCAUCGUUGGCUUGUUGGUUAUUCCAGAUCGUUGCCGACCGUCCAGAUAUCCAGAAGAAGAUCAGAGAAGAACAGCUCCAAAUCCGUAAUAAUGAUCCAAAUGUCCCAUUGACUAUGGACUUGAUCGACAAGAUGACAUACACAUCACAGGUUGUCAAAGAGGCACUCCGUUACAGACCUCCAGUGUUGAUGGUUCCAUACGUUGUUAAGCAAAAGUUUGCCGUGACACAGGACUAUACAGCACCAAAGGGUGCUAUGUUGAUUCCAACAUUAUACCCUGCAUUACACGACCCAGAAGUUUACGAGAAUCCUGAUGACUUCAUCCCAGAGCGUUGGGAGGAAGGCUCCCCUGCUUGGGAAGCUUCAAAGAACUGGCUUGUGUUUGGUGUCGGUCCUCAUGUCUGCUUGGGUCAAACAUAUGUGUACACCACCUUUGCAGGAUUAUUGGGUAAGAUGGUUUUGCAUAACGAUUUGCAUCACAAGGUUACAGAUCUUUCAGAGGAGAUUAAGGUGUUUGCUACCAUCUUCCCUAAGGAUGAUUUGUUGUUGCAAGUCACAGAGAGAGAUCCAUUUGCUCCAACAGAGGUUCCAAAUGAAGCAUGA